UACUAUCUUUUCUUCUCUUCAACUUCUGACUCUUCUACACUGUCCAUUCCUUUUCACCUUUUUCACUUUUUCAUAUUUUCUAUUAAUACUGAUAUAUAUAUUUCUUACCCUUAUGUUUUUUCACUGUCACCAACUCAAAACUUCUAAAUUAUACCAAUCUCACUUCUUUGGUCUUUCCUUUUCAUUCUUCACACUUUGUCUAGAAGAAACAGCUUUUGAUUAAGUCAAGGUUGUUCUUUCUUCUUCCCUGGUUUUCCUCCUUUCAAAGUAAGCACUUCUUUAGAUACCCUUUUAGUUUUACCUCUCCAAAACAAAACUUGUCAUGCAGCAGUCAAAGGUAACAAAAAGGUCAACGAUCAAUAACAUGUUUUCAAGGAGCAAAAAUAGUGACAACAAUGUCAAUGGUAAUGUUAAUUCAAAUGUAGCUGAAUUGGAAUUAAGACCAGGAGGAAUGAUAGUACAAAAGCGUAAUUCAGAUGUGAGUAAAAAUUCUUCAUCCAUCAUCAAAAUCAAAGUGAAGUAUGGUUCAUCCUAUCACCAAAUUCAUAUCAGUUCUCAUGCAAGUUUUGGGGAAUUGAAGAAAAUGUUGACAGAAUCUACAGGAUUGCAUGUUGAGGAUCAGAAGUUGAUUUUCAAGAAAAAAGAGAGAGAUUCAAAGUCAUAUCUUGAUGUUGAGAGAGUCAAAGAUGGAUCAAAGUUGGUUUUAAUUGAAGAUAUUGAGAGUAGAGAAAGAAGAUUAUUGGAGAAACUAAAGAUUGCAAAGAAAGAAAAAACUUCAAAAUCCUUAAUUGAAAUAACCUUAGAGGUUGAUAAACUCACCAAAAAGGUUUCAGAUUUGGAGGGUGUUGUUUCUAAAGGUGGAGUUAUAGCAGAGUUAGAUGUAGAGAGUUUAACAGAAAAUUUGAUGAGAGUAUUGAUUACAUUGGAUGAAAUUUAUGGUGAUAGUGAACUGAAAUUGAAGAGAAAAGAACAGGUUAAGAGAGUUCAGAAGCAGAUUGAGACUCUUGAUAUGCUAAAGAUGUCAAAGCCAAAAGAAGAUAACAUAGCAAGAGAGAGUAAGGUUCAUUGUGGUGUUCAAAAACAGCAUUUGCAGGAAAAGCAAGAACUUUUGAAACAAUCUGACUCAGUUGUAGUAACAACAAAAUGGGAAACUUUUGAUUAAGUGUUGAUUAAUUAAGUUAGUUUGGUUUAGAACAGUUAAUUAAAAUGUUUUUUAUUUCCAAAGGUAGUUGACUAGUUCUUAAUAAUGAUAGAGAGAAAGUUUCUCUGUUUGAUUCUAUAAAGCACGUGACAUUCUUUAGAUCAGACGUGUUUGUAUCAGACACAAUUCACGACACAACACAUAUGAUUAUAUGAAAUUGUGUUAUUUUCUUAAAUUAUUAUUGCAAUGUGUCAGUGUCUGUAUUGUGUCUGAUGACUGUGCUUUAUUAUCCAAUUUGCAUUUUUAGCAUUGAUGCUUAGCUCAUCUAAGUUGAGUACUAUUGAAUUGAAUGGAAAAAUUUAUUGAUUAAA